UUCUCGCUGCGAAAUAACGUCCGUCGCUUGUAAAAAGUUGUGAAAUUAUUGUGACAUAGGCGUUUCGUCCUCCAUAGAUACUUGAUAAUAAGUCUCUUAUCAAAGAUCUUGUGUUGUGUGUGCUUAGUGACAGUGAAAAUAACUCGCAACGAGUUUCCAUUAACAAAAAUUUGUGGAAAAUUGAAAAGUAUUAAUUUAAAAACCGCCAAAAUGUACAACGAUUCAGUAGUUCCUGUAAAAAUGGAGUCUUUCAGUGGUGUUGUCACCAAAAGCCCUAUUGGCAGAUGUAUCGAGACAGUACUAAGGCGAGCCUGUUUAGAAAAAAGGUUGACCAUAGGUCUGAUGCCGGCACUGAAAUACCUGUCUACGAAUAGACGAGGAGCACUAUUCUGUAUACAAGCUGAGGCAAGCCCAGGAGACAGUGCUACUCACAUGCAAGAAGUUCUUCUACAGGCCUUUUGUAUGGAAAAUGAAAUUUAUACGAUAAAGGUGGAUUCUGAGGAUAAAUUAAAGAACCUUUUGGGUUGCAGUAAAACAUCCUUGGACUUUAGCUGCGUCCUUAUACAUUAUCCCUUCAUGGACCCCUUCAGUGAUUGCUGUGAAAUGGAUUUAACAAUUCUCUCAGGAGCAGAGAAAGAUUUAAUUAACCACUGCGAGACAAAUUGGGGCUACUCACAGAUUCCAGUUAUUAAACUACCGGAGAAGUGAAAUUAUCUUAUAACGUUUUUUGGAAAAAAGUUUAACCACUAUUGGUUUUUGUUUGGCUAAGGCGUACAACGCCAUCUAGUGUUACGUUGUCCAAAUGGACUUUUAGACGUAACCUUGUACAUUGUAUAAUAUCACGCCACUUGGGCUAUACUUUGUAUUUUAACGUUGUAUAAUUAGGAGAGAAAGAGUUUUGUACUUGUAAGAAAUAUUAACGAUUGUUAAAUUUUACUGAUUUUUCAUACGUGUUUUGUACAUUUGUAGAUAAUCUAGAGAUUUAGCAAUAAAAUAUAGCAAGAU